AUGGGCAAAGGCACCGGUAAAGACAUUGAAGCUGCCGCCGAGCGCACGGUCUCCAUCAGCGCCGGCAGUGAAAAGAAGAUCGUUGCGUCCCGAGAUAUCGAUGAAGCGUUGAAAUUUCUUGAAGCCAAUGCCGGCACGAUCAAUCUCGAGGAUGUAGACGAGAAGAAGUUGAUGCGGAAAGUCGACUGGAUGUUGAUGCCGCUGAUGUUUCUCUGCUACUACUUGCAGUAUUCGGACAAGACACUGAUCAACUAUGCCGCUGUCAUGGGCAUCAUCGAAGACACCAAUCUGCCACCAAAUGGAUUUUCCAACCUGGCCAUGGCGUUCUAUGUCUCCUUUUUGGUGUGCGAGCCUCUGCAGACAUACUUUAUCCAGCGGUUGCCGGUUGGAAAAUGGCUCGGAGCCAAUGUGGUACUCUGGGGCAUCACCGUUGCAUGCAACUGUGCUGUGUCGAACUAUGCAUCGGUCAUUGCGCUGAGAGUCUUGCUCGGGGCGAUGGAGGCCUGUGUUGCGCCGGCUUUGGUAGUGGUCACUGGGAUGUGGUAUCGUAGGAGCGAGCAAGUCUCACGAAUGGGGAUCUGGUACCAGGGAACGUCGCUCGGACCGGCCAUCUCGUCUCUCAUCAGUUACGGCUUUCUUCAUUACGCCAACUCGAACCCAAAUGCCAACUUCAAAAGCUGGCAGAUCCUCUUUUUGCUGUAUGGUCUCAUCACGAUCGUCGUCGGCAUUUGCGUUCUCUGCUUCCUGCCGGACAAUCCGAUGAAAUCUCGGCUUUCAGAUGCGGAGAAGAUCUUCAUCAUCAAUCGCGUUCGCGGGAACGAGACCGGUAUCGAGAACAAGCACCUGAAGUGGGCGCAGGUGAAGGAGGUUUUUGUCGACAUCAGAACUUGGCUGAUCGCAUUGAUUGUCAUCGCGACAAAUGUGCCCAACGGAGCGGUUUCGUCCUUUCAGUCUAUCAUCAUCUCGAGUUUUGGCUUCGACGAGUAUGAGACGCUGUUGCUGAAUUUGCCCAGCGCAGCAGUGUCAUUCAUCGCCGUUGCGGCUGGGUCGUUCCUGGCUGGCAAGUAUAAUGCACGCUGUAUCGUCAUCAUCUGUUUGAUCAUCCCGACCAUGAUGGGCGGAGCUCUCAUGGCUUGGCUUCCUGCAGACAACAACGCCGGCCUACUAGCCGGGAACUACAUGACCAGCACUGUUGGUGCCUCGUUGCCACUGCUCUACUCGUGGAUCACGGCAAAUUACGCCGGACACAGCAAGAAGACAACCAUGUCAGCCAUCGUGCUCAUGAGCUUCUGCAUUGGCAACAUCAUCGGACCCAAGACGUUCCGAGACAGUGACGCUCCGGCCUAUAUUCCGGCUAAGAUCUGCAUCGUCGCAUUCCUUGCGUGUGCGAUUCUACUCGCGCUGACUCUGGAUGGGCUGUACUUGUGGGAGAACAAGCGGAGAGACAAGAUGGGAGUCGUCGACAUGCCAGAGGACUUUGAGUUGCUAGACCUGACUGACAAAGAGAACAAGCGAUUCCGGUAUCUGUUGUAG